AGGCGCAUGUGAGUUGGUGGUUUACAAGACGUUGUGGAUCAGUAACAAGUGGAGUCUUUGAGAUACUCUGUCAGGAUAAAAGCAAAUAUAUAUACAGUUUAAAAAAAAAACAAAGUAAAAGGCAAUGCUGCAAUGUUCAACGUGGCUGCGUCAGCCAGUGUCCGCCCUUGCCGCAACAGCUCUUUGCUUAUUUCCUCGACGCGGUACCCAGGUUCACCGACAGCAACGUGUGUGGAAGCAGCCGGACGUACGGCAACUCCGCGAUCAGCCGAAGCUGAACCGCCUAGAGGGCAUCAUGCAACUCGCGCAGCACAACCUGCCAGAUUCCGCAAGCCAUCGCCAGGGGCGCGCUUUCACUGCGAAUGCGCAAAGCGCGCUCCUGUCACGUCCGGGCGGCCGCUCCUCACGCCUGUCCGAUCCACGCGCCACCUUUCACUACAAGAGACGAAUCAACAAGCCGCGCGUCAACCCGAAAUCAUUUCGAAAGUACUACAAUUCUUCCUGAGCAGCGUUUGCGCUCCUUCUCGAAUCGUGGCUGGGGGAUGCGGUGGGUCUGCUGUAUGUGGCCUCAGCGCCGGCAGAGACCUUUCACUUUACUGUCUUUUUCUAUGCGGAUGA